GAUACCAAGGAUGUGAUUUCUGUGGAGGUUGGAUAAAAGACUGGAAACUUUGUGAGGACCCUUAUAUUCAGCAUGCUAAAUAUUUUCCAGAAUGUGACUACGUAAAGCUAUGUAUGCCAAAUGAUUUAACAAACAGGACACAGCAUUUGAAUGAACAAGGUAUGGAUAAAGGGUGUAGGCAAGAGAAUGUUGAACAAGUUUUUCACCGGACAAGCGAGAAGCGUGAGAGAACAAAGCGUUCACGACGACCAUCGGAGUCUCUAGACUUUGCGGACAAAAUAACGGCAAAGAAAACAAGAAUUAGGGCGACCGGGGUAUCCGCGGAGUUGCCAGCGUCGACUGCAUUCACAACGACCUCAGCGGUUAUGUCAGAGACCAACUUUUCAUUUACUGCAAUUGCUCAUUCACCUGUUACUCCUGCUUCAGCAGCUGUGCAUCAAGCGGCUUCACCAGUGGCUCCAUCUACAUCUCGUACUACUAACUGUAGUCCUAUGACUAUAUUCUCAGAGAUCAUUCAGGAGCAAGAUCGUGUUUUGGAGGAGAACCGGAAGCUAAAAGACAGAGUGACCUGCAAGAUAUGUUUGGACAAAGAUGCAUGCAUUGUGUUUAUUCCGUGUGGUCACAUGGUUUCAUGCAUCCAAUGUGCUCAUGAACAAAAAACAUGUGCAGUAUGUAGAGGUGAAAUAAAAGAUACGAUCCGGGUAUAUCCCGCCUAACACCCAUCAGUCUUAAAAUGACAAACAGUUUCUGCUUAUUGGGGAGUUUUCCGAUGAAAUAGAUUGUGAUGCUCAAACGAAAAAGAUAAUAGCUUUCACUUCUCAUACUGCCACAUUUUGGUCUGGUCCUUACAGAUCAUGAAGCGCGUUCAAUUACAAUUUAUACCAGAUUUACACUAGAGCUGGUGCUGGGUGUUAGGGACUGUAACUACUUGCUGCGAUAUUGCUCGAUUCUGCUUGGUUAUGAUCUAUGUAUUUUGUUAUCUAUGGUAUAUUAGCAGGAAUUUCUCUUUUUUUUUUAUAGAUAUUUCAUGAACGGGAAGGGCUAGAAACUUGUAGUCAGUCUCAACAUACUUGUACGUUAAAUAGUGAAACAUAAUUCAUGUAAUUGUCUGGAGAUCUCACAACGGCUUCUGAAGUGAACUUAUUUCUCGUAGGCUCUAAUAUGGCGUGUAAUGAGUUGCAAAAUUAUAUUUUCCAAAAUGAUUGCCUAUCUUUAUAUACUUAUUAUAUGUCUUGAAAUAUUAAUUGUAAAAAUAAAACAUUUUUUUAAAAUGUUUUCUUAUAUUUUUCUAUCUUUUGAAAUAUUUAUUAUAAAAAUAAAAUAAAAAAUCUGCAAUGCGACAAAAUAUGUAUUCCGUGUUUUCAAAUUAUCUAUUCAAUGCUACAAUAUAUAUGUUGCAAAAUGAAAAUAUUUAUUCAAUAGAACAAGAAUGUUUAUUGUAUAUCACAAAAUAUUUAUUAAAAAAAUAUAUAUAUUUUUGUUCAAUCCUACAACAUUUUGUUCGGUGCAACAAUAAUGAUUUUGACUAAAAAGGAAAUAUUUAUUCGAUCUGCUUAAAAUAUUUGUACGAUAGAAUUCUGGGUAAAUUGCAUUUUGCGGCAAAUCUGCGGCUAACUGCGGCGCAUUUCAGUAAAACGCCAGUCAAACCUGACUAUCAUAUUUCGUGUCCGAAGUAUAGGUAAAUAAGCAUGCAAGGUAUUGACUAAAAACUUUGCACGUUCGUAGGUGAAGAUCAAACGUCAAGGUCACAAAUUGAGCUCAAAGAUGAAAUUUGUAAGUUUAAUUUCAUAUUCGGAAAACAAACUUAUUAACCAUUCAAGGUAUCGACAUCUAACUCGGAGGGUAGGUAUGUGGUGAUGAGACGAUGUACAGAGUGCUGAAACCAAGGUGGAAGGUAAAAGGUCAAGGUCACAUGAACACUGAAAACAUUGAAAUAAUAUUUUGUCACAUUGCAAAUGUAUUUUAGUUUUAGUUUAGAAAUUUCAAAAGAUAGAAAAAAUAUAUGAAACAUUGAAGAAAUAUUUCUGUUUUACCAUAAAUGUUUUAAGACAUUAAAUAGAAAUAUAAAGAUAGACAAUGAUUAUUAUAGAAAAUAUAAUAUUGCAACACAUUACAAGGAUAAGCCAUACACGAACCCCUGGUUUAAAGCAUUGUGUACAGGAUAUAUAUCAUUCGAAAGUGUUAAUAUUUUACUACAUAUUCUUCAUAACAGCUUGACUUAGGAUGACGAGAGGCUACGUGUCUGUGAUAUAUAUUUGUCUAUUAAACUUUGUUUAACAGUUUUAGAAAACUUUUUAGCUGCACGACUAUACUGUAUUACGUCGAAUCUAUGUAAAACAUUUUGAGUAAAUACACAGCGCUAGAAUGGAACGAUCAUACAUAAUAUCUAUACAUUGAAUGCACUAAGUAAAACAGAAUAAUAUAAAACAAUUUAAUGUUUAAUUGGAAUAUGCUAGUUUCAGAUAAAUCAGCAUUAUUUGAAAUGUUUUAGGGAACACCUUAAAAAUACUACAAAUGCAUGUUCUUCAAAUACAGAUUGUCAGCAAUGUGAUUUUAAACAAGACAAGCAAUUUCGAAAACAAAAUAUUUAUAGAAAUAAACUUGAUACCACCUUCAA